AAACAGCCACUUUCGAUGAUCUGGAAAUUACACGAAAUACUAACCUCACUCUCACUCUUUCCUUUUUUUUCAAUUUAUUUCUCAGAAUCGGAGUUAUUGAGUUUUAGACAUUUUGGCAAGGUUGAUCGGUGUGUCAAAAGCGUUUCCCUUGAAUAAUUCAUGGUUUCAAUUGUAAUUGCAAAUCGGUAGUAUGGAAAGAAUAUAAUGAUGUAGCAUAUUUUAUUAAUGAAUGCCAUUAGAUCAUGCCAAGGACUAAGGAGCAGGUAAUGACAAGACCAGUUUUUUUUAAAUCUGAAUCCCAUUCUGAUCAUUCAAAAUGUGGUCACUUGUGAUUCUUCUCGUGUGAAUUUUCCUACUCUGUUCUGUGAAUCAAAUCGGAGCAACCGUCCAAAAAGGAAGCGAAAUAUGAGGAAUUAUAUGAGGGGAUUUUUGUUUAUGUCGCUUUGGCUCGGGAGCAUUCACAGUGGAUUCUUGCUCAUAUGUUGCCCAAUCGUUCCAAUAUUGCUGCUCUCUCCAAAAUUGUACCAGCGCCUCAUUGAUAUUAUUAUAUCAGCCUGGGAAAUGUAUCCAACCGCGUUAAUGCAACUGCUCAAUGGAACAAAAAUAGUCUUGUCUGGAGAUUAUAUUAGAUCGCAUGAAAAGUCUCUCUUAAUAAUGAAUCAUCGAACAAGAUGUGACUGGAAUUUCUUCUGGGCAGGCAUUUAUUAUGCAUCGCAGCCCCCAUCACACUCAUUAAAAGUGAUCUUAAAAGCCCCAAUCAGGAAUGUUCCAGGGCCCGGUUGGACUAUGCAAAUGGCUGGAUAUCUUUUCAUCCAUAGGGACUGGGCAAAGGAUCAAAAAGUGUUGGCAGAACACUUAGAUUAUUACAGAAGCAUCGGGAAUACUUUUCAACUGCUUCUUUUCCCGGAAGGAACUGAUCUUACUCCAAAGACCAUUGAAAGGAGCAACAAGUUUGCUGAUGACCAUAAUUUGCCACAUCUGACUAAAGUACUCCAUCCAAAAACAACAGGAUUCACAUUUUUGGUGAACAAAAUGAGACAAAACAAACAGCUACAUGCUCUUUACGAUAUUACAGUGGCAUACCCGCAUACCUAUCCUCAAAAUGAACUUGAUCUCUUCCGUGGAAAAUUUCCUGAAGAAGUACAUUUCCACAUACAAAGGUACUCAGAGCAAGAUCUCCCUCAAGAAGAAUCGCAGCAAGUUGAAUGGCUUAAAAAAAGUUGGAUGCAGAAAGAAGAAAGUCUAAAUCAAUUCUACUCAACCAAACAAUUCAAGGACUGUGGUUCUGUCAGCAAUAGAGUUCAAACCUUACAUAAUGCCCUGUACCUCGCAUUUUAUUUCUGGACCUCAAUCCAAGUUGUUGUUCUGUACUUAACUAUCUAUAGUAGUUUUUUCAGGUGGUAUACUGUGUUUUGCAUUUUAUCUUUUUCUGUGAUCUCAGUCUAUACAGAAGGCUUUCAGCAACUGCAGGUGAAGUAUUUCAACUAUCUCUCUCAAAAGAUUGGUUGCCUCAAACCGAAAGAUACGUAAUGGUACUCUCUGUCAAGUGAAAAGAUAUAUAUCUAUCAUGUCGAUAUUUGAUGAAAAUUACCAGGUCUGCAGAACUGCAAAAAACAUUGCACAACAUGGAAGCCCAACUCAAGAUCCAUGAGUAAAAUUGAUGGGUGGUCAAAAUUAGGAAAAAUCGGAGAAAAGAAAAUUACUACGUCUCAAGUGUCAAGAUAAAAACGAGAUUUCUUCCGUUUUUUAAUCUUGUUAUAUUUUUCGAGUUUUUACUGCUCCAAAAAUAAAAAUCUUAAAAACUUAUAUUAUUCACCCACUACAAUUAUAACUUUGACGUAUACUUUAAAAUUAAUUGUAGAAACCCCCUUUUUCAGUAGGUACAUUGGUCCGUGGUGAAUGAAAAAAGUUAGGAAUUUUGGCAUUUUGAUCUGGGCAAAGCUCGAAGUUAGUUUUUUCUCUCAAGUCAGUCAAAAAUGCAGGGUAUCACUUCUAUAGUGACAUAUUCAUGGUUUGAGAGACAAACUCGAAAACCAUGCAUUUCAACCGCAAUAUUUCAAAAUUUGUACUUAAACUUGAUUUUAUGGAAUGAAGACGGGUCAAUUUUGUUGCUUGCAUUUGCUGAGUGUGCGGAGACACCUUCCAAAGUUGCAUUGAGAUCGGGUAUUUUGGAAUUUAGCCAUUCACUUUGAGAGUUUCAACUACAAUUUGCAGUAACUGUCGGAUGUUUUCAUAAGUCAACAUUACAUAAGUGUGGCGAGCCCAACCUUUCUGUAAGUGGCAUUAUUAUUCGUGGACGAAAUAAAUGAUCAUCUUACAGUCCAAUAUUCAUCCAUCAGUGGCCUGAUUCCAUCUCAAAAUUCAGAACACUGUCGAGCACUGGCUUCGGCAAUUGGCAAUGAGUUGAAAAUAUUUUUUCCAAUUUUCAACUAAAUUUGUUUGAUGGCAAGCAAACUUUUGAUUUUAAAAUGACAAGAAAUGCUAUCAAGAAUUAACAUUCUUUAAUGGUCAGUCUGGAGGCUGACAUUUUGAUCGUUGAAAAAUCCACCUAAUCAUAAGUAUAAUCGCCAAAAUUUGACUCAUGCAUUCAACAUGAUUUGUGCAUUAAGAAUGAUUAUGUUCAAGAACUUUGUGAAAAUGUAUUAAUGGAGGAUUGUGAGGAGCAAUUUUGAAUUUCCUCUUUUAUAUGUAUACCUACUUACUUCGCACUCAUUAGUGUAGAGAAAAGAAUUUUGUAGUCGAUGUUACAAAAUUCUCUGAUAAUUCUCUGUCAUCUAUUUCAGUAGGACCCUAUAUGAUAUUGAUAGUGAAACGAUGACACUCCUUAUCUCCAUUCGAAAUAUUGUUAACUUUUCAUCUUUUAUCUAAUCAGUGAUAUUCCGCGCAGUUUUUCUUUACUAAAAUAAAAGCUAAUAUUCUCAUAAAACUGAAGUUAGUUUUUUCUCAAAGAAAUUUCUUAAAGCAAACAUUUUGGAUAUCAUAUCUUAAUAAUCAAGAUGUAGGGCUUAGUUUCAAGGUCGACUUAUUAUAGAGUGUUUGUUUUUUGUCCAACCUCACUAUUAUAUCUUAGUAGUAGGUGUUCCGCAUGAUUCUUGAUUUGGCUAUCAGUUUUUUUAGUGUGAUAAUUGGUGUUUUUCAUUCCUUCUUUUCAAGUGUUGAAUCAGGAAAUGUUUUUCUGUGUCGUAAUUAUUGAUUGAUUUUGUUUUGUUAAAUUUUUGUUCUUAUACUUUUGUUUUGUUUGGUCCUAUGCCAUGUUAUUUGUCUUAUUGUUUACAAAACUGUUACUUGGGAUUCAAUUCCAUUAAAAAUCAAUGAAUAAAAGAAUGUUACAAAAGAUCAA